AACCUGACUCAGUUUCAGGUUCAAGCGAAAUCGCCAUAAAUUAUGAAGUGAAAGGCGGCAUCGGAGCUGGAUUUGAAAUAUUUAAUGAUAUGGAAGGAUCCCAGGCGAUUAAGUUAGAGGAACUGUAUCGAGUAGGAACCCAAUGCGCUAGCAAUGUAGAUCCAAUAGUAGAACCUUCGAAGCAAGACUAUGUCGCUACAAAUGAAGCAGUUGAUAACGAAAUACACAAUUUCGAUUGCUUAGAUGCUAAUUAUGCUGGAGGGAAGAAGAGCAUUCAACUCUUUGAAGAGUCCAGUUCAGAGCAACCAACGAUUGAUGGUCAAAGCGAGUCUGAAUGCUAUAAUAAAUCUGAUGGAAGUGGGAAAACCCCUACAGCCUGCAACGCACGAGAUGAAGUACAAAACGAUGGGAAUCCAGAGCGGCCGUACAAGUGCACCCAAUGUAACAAAGAUUUUGCCUACAAACAUGGCCUAGCGGGACACAUGUCCAUUCACACAGGCGAGUGGCCAUACAAGUGCUCCGAAUGCGGCAAAGGGUUUGCCUACCAAUCUGGCUUAGCUGCUCAUAUGCACCGGCAUACGGGUAAGCGAACUUUCGAGUGCACGGAGUGCGGCAAACAUUUUGUACAGAAAACUACCUUAACCACACACAUGCUCCUUCAUACUGGAGACUGGCCAUACAAGUGCCCACAGUGCGGCAGAGGGUUCCCUUACAAAUCUUCAUUAGCCAUACACAUGCCCCAACAUACGGGUAAGCGGACGUUCAAGUGCACUGUGUGCGGCAAAGAUUUUGCAUACAAAAGUGCCUUAACCGCACACGCUGUACUUCACACCGGUGAACGACCGUACAGGUGUACAGUAUGCGGAAAAGAUUUUGCCCGCAAAACUGUCCUAUACGAACAUACGGUGCAUCAUAGAGGCGAACUACCACACAAGUGCACAGUGUGCGGUAAAGGGUUUUCUUACAAAUCUCUCUUAAACAAGCACAUGUUGUUUCAUACGGCUGAGUAUUGGUACAUGUGUGAGGUGUGUGGCAAAAGCUUCAACAACGACUCUCAAUUUAAAAGGCAUACACGAAUUCAUAAAGAGGAACCGUCGCACAGCACGAUACAAGUUGUUGCACGGGACGAAGAGCAGAAUAAUGGGAGUUCAGCCAAAUGCCCUGAGGUAGCACGGCCGUUUGAAUGUGACCUAUGUGGCAAAAGAUUCAUCCGGAAAUCACAUGUUAUUGCACACUACAGGUUGCACGUCCAAUACAAUUUUAGUUGCGAGAUCUGCGGCAAACAUUUUGCAUACAAGUCCAACCUAACCUACCAUAUGUCUCAUCAUACAGGUGAAUAUCUGCACAAGUGCACCGUAUGCGGUAAAACCUUUGCACGCUCAUCUCAGCUCAGUCACCACAUGGCCAACCAUACAGGUGAUUAUCGGUACAAGUGCGAUGUGUGCGGCAAGGGAUUCAAUUUAAAAAUUGAUUUAAAGGGCCAUAAGUACAUUCAUACCGGUGAGCGACCCCACGUGUGUGAUAUAUGCGGGAAAGGAUUUUCCAGGAAAUCCAUUUGCACCAAGCACUUAGCGAGUCAUGUGUCCGGCUCGGAAGUUAAUAAAAGAAGUCAUCUUAAAUAGUGACAUACAAAUCUAG